AUGUCAUCUCUAGACGACCGAUCGAAUCUUCUAGGAUCGGAUUUUGAUCUUUAUAAUAUCUGGAAUGUUAACGAUACGGAUUUCUUUGAAUGUACACCACCAUCUUGGGAAAUGGAUUCUAAUGCUAAUUUCAGUUGGAAUGUUUCGAAUUCCAUGAAAAAAAAUCCACUGAAAGGGGAAAAGACCGAACGGUUCAGAUCCGAAUGUUCAACUCGAUCUGUAAAAGACAUAACACCUACAUUUUUAUCACCGACAGAAGGUGGGGAAUGUAAUCACCCAGAAUAUGUUCAUUUUAAGGAUCGACUUGAAACUUUCUUUGACUGGCCAAAGUUUUUAAAAGGACCGAGCAAAGAGGACUUGUCACGAGCAGGUUUCAUUUACACUCGAAUCGGAGAUAAAGUCACCUGUUUUUCCUGUGGAAUAAUUUUGAAGAACUGGGAUCCUUUACACGAUGCUUACAAGGAACAUCUUCGGUGGUCAAAAAAUUGUAUCUAUGCCAAGAUGGUGGGAGAUGAAAAAGAACUGCAGUGA